UUUCAUAGUGUGAAAAUAGCUUAUCAUAGUGUUAGAGUUUUUCUCCAGUGUGAAUACAUUUACGACUGGAUGAUUAACUGAGAAAACGUCUUACAUGGUUCGAUAUUUAUCUAACAUUUCAAGUGACACCCGUCAUCCUUUCAUCAGAGAGAAGAAAAAAUAUUGAGAGGCAUGAAAAAGGGGGAAAAUAUGAUGCACAUCAAAAAAAAAAAUGAUGGGAUGGUUACGGACGUAACGCUUUUAAAAAAAAAGAUAGUCACGGUUGGAACGUCUUCCAGUAAAGAAAGGCAUUUACAAGAGACGCACAUUGCGCGUUUCAGAUUUAAGUAUCGUGAGCGUCCUCAUACCCUCUUGCUCGUCGGCGCAUGCGCAGAUAAUCAGGACGUAUUGUUUUCCAUUUUGAAAAAUUUGUUAUUUAUGUCGCUCUUUUCUCUGGGAUUACGUAUUUGUUAGCCCUGCCAGCAAUUUUUGCAUAUUUUGUCUUUUAAUGAAGACGUAUGAGGUUGACUGAUGUCCAGCUUUGUGGUUGAAUUGCUACACAAACACAUUGAUAUUGGACUUCUGUAUCAUUUUUGAUGCUGGAAAGAAAUUGAAGUCGUGAAAGUUGUGGCGAAGAGUUCUGUGCAGAUCUGCGAUGUUUAAGGGUGAAUAUGAUACCUCAUGGCAUGGACUUAAAAACAUUUACACUUACGAUAUAUCAACAUACUUAACAACUGUGAAGAACUAUCAGGAGCAAAACUAACUUUAACAAAAUUCUUUGAUUGAUAUAAAGAGAUAUAUUUCUUUUGACCUGAAAUUAAUUAUGAAACAUAUUUAUUGACUGGAAGUAUGUGUAAAAGGAUUUUUUUUUUUAGAUUAAACUUGGAAAAACUUACUGUGCGGACAUAACUGCUUCCUCUAUUAGGAUUUUCAUACAGAUGUAAUUUUUUAACUGGAGUAGUUUCAGUGAUAUUUUAGUUUCUGCUUUCUUCUGAAAUAGGGUUUUUACCUAAGCCAGUCCUUAUGCAAAUGACUAAUUCUGAUCUGAAAUAGUCUCUGACUUCAAUAAAUAUCACUGUUAGUGGAGAAGAUAUAUUAAUGGUGUAAUUUAAUGCUCGAAAAGACAGAAAGAUAUAUUAUUAUUGUGACAUAAAAUAAAAAAAUUAAAAAAAGCAAUGGAGAAAGAAUUCUGUGAGAGUCAGAUUCAAGGUAUAACACAGUUUAAAGGAACAGAAUAUUCUAAAGAAACUCUGAAAAUAUCUCCGAAAAGACCUUAUCUCUGUGAAAUCUGUGGAAGAGCAUUCAUAGUACAAAGUGAAUUAAGUGAACAUAAGUUAUUUCACAUAAGAUCAAAAUUUUAUGAGUGCCAAAUUUGUGAUAAAAGAUUUAUUAAAUAUAGUUUGUUAAAUUCCCACCAUUGUGUUCAGACAGGAGAAAUGUCAUAUCACUGUGAUAUCACUGAUGAAACAGUGUCUCCAGAUAUUGCCUUAACUACACACAAUGAUACACACACAGACGAGAAACUAUAUCACUCUGACAAGACAGAUUCUCAGAGUAAUGAUUUAACUAGCCAUAAACCUAUUCGCACAGGAGAGAAAUCGUAUGAAUGUCAUAUCUGUGGGAAAAUGUUUAUAUGCAAAGAUAAAUUAUUCCAGCACAAACGCCGUCAUAUAGGUGAAAAACCAUAUAAGUGUGAAAUCUGUGGUAGAAAUUUUUCUGGAAUUUCUUAUCUGGCAUGGCAUCAACGUGUUCAUACAGGAGGCAAACCAUACCAGUGUGAUAUUUGUAGUGAAAAAUUUGCUUAUAAUGCUACCUACCACAAACACAUGCGUAUUCACACUGGAGAGAAACACCAAUGUCAUGUUUGUGACGAAACAUUUUCCAGUCGUGGUUGUUUAUUGACUCAUAAACGUGUUCACACAGGAGAGAUGUCAUAUGAUUGUGAUAUGUGUGGGAAGGCCUUUUCUCGAAGUAGCAAUUUAACAAGACACAAAUAUCUUCAUUCAGAAGGAAAAUCCCUCCCACCCUGAAAUAUGUAGGAAAAUAUUUUUUCAGCUGAGUAAUUUACAUUAACCCAAACAUAUUUAUAGACAUUGUUAUUUGUGUUGGAUCAUUUUCUCAAAGAAAUAAUUUAACUGCAUGCAAAAAUCUUCACACCUGAAAAUCUAUGACAUUGCAACAUCAAUGGCAAAAUAUUUUCUACACAUGAUAUAUGUCAUACACGUGUUUGCUCAGAAGAGAGUAAAUAUGGUUGAGUUACAAGUGGUAAAUUCACUUUCUCUUAUAUCACUACAAUAUUAUACAGCCACGAAUGUAAAUGUUAAAAUAAGGCUGUUAUUUUAAAGCAAGUUCAUGAAUAUUGAGAGAAGGAACAUUUACUGGCAGAAUCUGUACUGUGAGAAGAGUCAAAUUUAUUGUGAAGAUCAAUUUGGCUGGAACAGCAAACUUUGCCUGUCAGCUUCAUCAACCAAAUAACAGCAAAUGCAUCCACAUUAAACUUAAUACUCUGAUAUUUUAAAUAAAUGCAUUGUUUCUAAGGCAUGGCUAUAUGGCUAAGAAGUUUGACUCACAACCACAUGGCUUCCGGUUCAGUUGCACUGUGCAGCACUUUGAGCAAAUGUCUUCUACUCUUCCUUUAUGUUGGUUGUGAGUGAAAUUUGGAUGUGCAUCAAGCUGUAGAAUACUUUUUCAAAAAGUCUUAUCUAAUGUGACAUAAAAAUGAUGAUAAAGAAA